AUGAAAAGUGCAUUGAAUACACAUGAAGAAGAAGCGCGCGAUGUGUCCGGAUCUGCCUCGACCAGCCUCGACUUUUCGUGGGAUCUGGAACUUUCUACACAAUACCUACUUCCGGAUAGUGUAUUCGAUCUGGAUCUCUCCCCUCAAGAUGAUUAUGGCAGCAUUGAACAUGCUCGAGUAAGCAGCUUCCCGCGCUUCAGUUCUCAUCUACCAGAUAUCAACGAAAACGAGGCUGAACUCGAUUGUAUUGAUGAUCAAAGCGAGGACGCCAUGUACAACGUCCAACCUGUGCCUUGGUCAAUCAACUCCAAUCAAUACGACGAUUUCUGCCUUAGACUCAAAGCUGAAAUAAAGGGCAACUCACUUGAGAGGUCUUUGCCAUCAAGAAAUGUUCUCAGCCGUAACCUGGAAAGCUUUUUCCGAUGCAGUCAGGAGCAAUUGCCGUUCAUUCAUCAAACCAGCUUCUCAAUCGUUCAUCGCAGUGUUGGACUCACAUUGGCGGUCGUGACUCUUGGCUCUUUGUUCAGAUUUGAACAUAGCCAAGCUAUGGAGCUAUAUAAGAUAGCUAAGGCAGUCCUGAGAGAGUGGACAAAUCGUGAGCACCUUGAGCUAUCAGCAGAACUGCUAUCUGAGUCGGAAGAUCUGCUGCAUGACAGUCCAGACGAACUUGAGCGAAUCCAAACGUACAUCCUUCUGACAAAUUUCGCAUCAUGGAUUGGUCCAAGCUCUCUACCCGAGGCGAUCUUAAUGGGCCAUCAGCUAUCAAUUCUCGUCAUGCAGAGUAGGACUUGUGACUCUGAUGAGAUGCCAGAUAACAUCGAUUGGGUAGCCUGGGUUACAACUGAGGAGAGACGACGAACAAUAUUUGCUGCAUAUGCACUCCUCAAUUUGCACCGAAUCGCAUAUGGUAACCCCUCAAAACUCUGCAAUCAAGAUAUCGGUGUUUGCGUGCCUGGAACAGCGGCCGCUUGGAAAGCAAAAAGCCAUACGCAAUGGUUAGCAGCACCUCGUCCUGUUGAAUGUUUAUUUCAAGACUUGCUGUCUGCACUCUUGGAAGGUACUACACUUUCGCAGGCUACAUAUCUAUCAGCAUUUGCGAAUUAUGUGCUCAUCCAUGGUAUACUGCAGCAAAUGGAUAUGGAGUGCAGCAGCUCUACCAAGAUGCUGAGCCCUAACAAGAUGGAAAUAUUCGAAAGAGCACUGAGAGCAUGGCAAUCGUCCUGGGAACUUACCUCAGAAUCCACACUUGAUCCCUUGUCGUCUAAGGGUCCUCUGGCACUCAACGCGACGGCACUAUUCCGAAUCGCCUACAUGCGCCUCCUGCCAGAUUUCCAUUCACGCGAGGGAUUUUUCUCAGAUAUGACAUUGUCCCACGGACCACAGUUAUGA